GCGCGCCGCAUAAUUAGACUUCUUGCAGCGACAAGCACAGCAGACUCGGUUACAGACGACGUAAUCAAAUAUUGAAAAUGCUAUCUGAAAGAGAAAAGAACGGGGUACGGAAACUCUUAGGCAAGAUUCCAGAGGAAGACAUUUUUCAGCUUGCAAAUACUGUAACAAACAGACUUGUGGUUGUUCAAAACAGGAGAGAAGCUACAAAGGCAAUCGCUAUGUAUAGUGACAGUGCAGAACAACUUCUCCGACGCAAACUGGUGAAGCGAGAUGUUAUCUUCAGUUAUCUUGCUGACCUCCAUGUUCCUGUAUCACCUGGUGCAGACAAACACAAGCUUAUUCAGAAAGUUCUCAUGUGUUGGCAGACUUCUGAUGAUUUGAGUGGCAUAAAGGAUGAAUAUGAAACGGAUGAAAGCCCUAUUUCAUCUCAAGAGCUGUCUGACUCAUCCCAAGAUACGUUUCGUCUUUCACAAGAGAGUUCAUCCAGGGACUCGUCAGCACACAGUACUCCAGCAGAUACAUCAUGGUGUCAGGAUCUAGCUGUACAAUUCUCUUCUUGGUUUUUCACACAACUCAACCAGCUUCAUCCCCAGCACACUAAAGAAAGCAACAAUGAAUGGGGACCAAGUCACUUCCUGGAUGACGCAAACCUGAAACUUUAUGUCCUUCGGGGAACCGACCGUCGCUUGGAUGCAUAUGACGGCUCUGCUUUGGUUUCCCAGAGAUUAGGAUGCUUGGUGAAGGAUGAAGGAUUGGUUUUCAAUCCAAACCUGACUGCAGAGGGUACUCGAGGAUGCAGUGAGCCACAUGGACUCGUUAUGAUUGCAGUGUGUGGCACCAUCCACAAGGCAGGAACGUGUAUGGGACUCUUUGAGCAAAACAUUGGACUCGUCAAAGAUCCCGCAGCUGAUAAUAACUGGAAGAUUAAAUUCAUCAACAUGCAAAUCAAAGAUGGUUCCUCCAGGAAUGUACCAACAUUAGGCAAUUUCUCUGAAUUAAAUGCUAUUUCAAUGUAAACACAGAUAAAUGGUCAUGGAGAUCAUUGGAUACUGCUGCGUGAUUAUUAAUCAAUUGAAAUUUCACCCCUCCCCCCUCAAAAGUGGUCAACAAAUAGGAAGUUGUGUAUCAUUCAUGGGGAUAUGUGAUUGACCAUGUACAUGAUCAGUGAAAAUCACCUUCUGUAUUAAAGCCACCCUGAACGAGGAUUGAAGUACAGUUGUAUUUUUGGACCCUACAAACGUGAAUUUUGUCUUCCAUUAAGUUAAAGUGACACUUCCCCC